AUGGCAGUGGAUUCUGGUGGAAUUGAGGAAGGAUUGCUUUGCGUAUGGAGGCCUGAGGUAUUUGAUCUGAUUGACUGUUGCAGUAACCGAAAUUGUAUCAUACUCUCAGGUAAGAUGCAUCAGUUAAUUGAAUGUGUGGUUGUAAAUGUUUAUGCACCCAAUGAUAGGAGUAUGAGAAGGAAUUUAUGGAAAAUUUUGGGUAAUCUAAAGCUUAAGUUUUCCAAACCAUGGUGCAUUUGGGGUGAUUUUAAUGAAGUUAGAACAGUGGCUGAAAGAAAAUGUUGUAUUAGGAAGAAUGGUGGAAUGAAUGAGUUCAAUGAUUUUAUAAAUUCAUUGGAGUUAGUGGAUGUUCCAAUUAUUGGAAUGAGAGUAUUAUCUGACCACUGCCCAAUAUUACUAAUGGAGAAUAAGAGGGAUUGUGGGCCUAAACCAUUUAGAUUCCUCAAUGCUUGGGUUCUCCACCCCACCUUUUUGAUUAAGGUAAAAUUAGUUUGCGAUAGUACUCAGGUAGAUGAAUGGGCUGGGUACAGACUCAAGGUUAAACUGAAAUCCCUGAAGAAAGCACUGAAAGUACCGAAUAUUGAAGUGUUUGGGAAUGUUGAGCACAAGCUCAAAGAGGCAGAGGAUGCAACGCAUGCAUUAGACUUGGCUGCUGAGGUUAGGCCUUUGAAUGUUAUUGAAUUAUCAAGAAAAAGAGAGGUAAAAUGGGAGAUUUAG